AUGACCAUGUCUAGCACGCCGACUUUGAUAUUCGUUCAUGGAGCUUGGCAUAGUCCAGCUUAUUGGAUGGACGUGACCUCCCGGUGUCAGCAACAGGGCUAUCGAUGUCUCGUCCCGCAGCUCGAAUUCUGUGGCACCGAAAAACCAGUACAGUCGCUUGCUGGGAGCAUUCGUCAGGUCCAAGACCUUAUUGAAGCUGAAACCAAGCAAAAGAGGAAUGUCAUUCUCAUCAACCACUCCUUCGGCGGUGCUGUCGGCUGCAGCUCCGUGAAAGGUUUCUCUGACAAGGAUACAUCAAGACUGGGACCUGGUUCCGGUAGGGUUAUCGGAAUAGUUCAAGUCUGCGCGUUCACGCCACCUUCUGGCAAGUCUUUGUACAACAUGAUCGACAUUGACAACGCAUUUCAUCACUCUGGUCCUGACGGAUGGGAGGUCAUCGAUAGUGGCGACCCGAUCAAUCUGUUUUACAAUGACAUUCCAUCAGAGGAUGCUAAGAUUCGGACAAGUCGCCUACUCAAGCAGUCGACUGCUACUUUAAAAGAUGAGGAGAACAUCCAUGCAGGCUGGGCCGAAGUUCCUGUAUGGUAUCUUCUGUGCACUCGUGACCAAGCUAUUCCGAUCCAAAUACAGGAGAUGAUGGUCUCAGCCGCACAAAACGCCGGCGCAAGCUUCACGACCAGAUCCUUGGAUUCUGGACAUAGCCCCUUCUUGAGCAAGCCCGCAGAGACCACCGGGUUUAUCCUCGAAGCUGUGCAAGCUUUUACUACCCCCUGCUCCGUUAGCUAA